AUGUCUAUUAAGUAUUUAUUAGUUUUUCUUGUUAACUUUAUUUUUUUCUUGGAUAACUUGGGUUGUCUCGAAGCAGCUAGCUUGUUGUCAGGUUUGUUCGGCCACAUUUGGAAAAGCGAAGCAGAAAUGGUGCUUGUCAGGCGAUGAGCGCGAAAACAAAUUGCUGUAAACAAGGUUCCGAGCCACGAAAGAAUUGAUCCGUACCGUGUAAACGGAGAGUCAAUGUGGACACAUAUUUGUAUCAGUACAAAAAUUUAUCCGGAGAAUAUGUUGUCGAGUGCCGUGUAAACGGGGUCUAUACAUAGAUAUCUUGGGUCUAUAUCUUGAUAGAUAGACUCAAUUGUAAUUUUAAAUCACCUUUCGGUGAAAUUGGCUACCUGAAUAAAGACUUGAUAUGUCAACUGAAGAAAAACACGAUAUCAACUCCCUUGUGACUUAAUUAUAGGGCGACAGUGCGUGUAAGAUCUGCAAAGCAACUAUAUAUCGAUCUGUGGACGCCAAGUGAUCAGCAUGAGCUUCACCUUUGAUUUUACUAUAUAUGAGUAAAUUCUUAAACACGUCCGAAUUUAGCAUUAUGAUAAAUUCGCGGCCCAUUUUGAAUUUAUCAUAAUGGUAUAUUCGCGGCACCUAACCCCUAACACUAACCCUAACCCCAACCCUACCCCUAACCACUAACCCCUAACCCUAAUCUAACUUUUUUAACGUUUUUGAAAAUCUAACUUUUUAAACUUUUUUUUGCUUUUUUAAACUUUUUUAAAACUUUUUUAAACUUUUUUUUUGAAAAUCGUGAUGUCCAUUACCACAAACUAUUGGACAUCGGAGACCUCCUACGCUAUAACUUGUUUAAAGUCACCCUUCAGCUAUCUGGAAUGGUCAGUGUGGUCAUGUGGUGGAAUGCAAAGUUACUUCCUCUUUGAAAGUUUACAUAAAACCUAAAACUGUGCAAUGCAUGACUUCGGUUGCACUGUUAGGUUUAAUCGAUCUUUUAUUAAUAUAACUGUUAUAAUGUAAUUGUAAUAGUGGGUGAUCUAAACUGUAACUUAUUAAAAAGUGGUCCAGAAUCUGAUGCGUUGAACGAAUUGUGCAGCAGCUUGAAUUUAUUCCAACUUAUCAAGAAACCAACUAGGGUGACUUUGCAGUCCUCAUCUCUCAUCGACGUGAUUUUAACAUCUAACACAAGCUUGGUAGUGGAAAGUGGAGUUGAAGAAACGCACAUCAGUGACCACUUUCAGGUUUAUUCAAUAUUAAAGCUUAAAUUGCCUAAGAAAUUACCUGAUUACAUGGUCAUAAGAAGUUUUAAGAAUUAUUCUUCUGAAGCAUUUAAAAAUGAUCUAGAACAGCUGAUUUGGCAAGAAAAUCCAAUUGACCAGGGCGUUAACCAGCGACUGGACAAUUUUAAUCAGAAAUUUCUAAGUGUAUUAGAUAUGCAUGCCCCGAUAAAGACUGUUAAGAUUAAACGUCGCUUGUGCCCUUUUGUUGACCAGGAAAUUGUUCAACUUAUGAAAAAAAGAAAUGCGCUGCAUAAACUUGCCCGCCAAACCCUGCAGGCCUUGGACUGGUACAGAUAUCGUUCAUGUAGAAAUCAAAUUAAAAGAAAAUUGAGAGAAUCCGAGAGAAAAUUUGUGUAUAAAAGAAUUAAUGACAAAAAUAGCAACAACAACUCCCUUUGGAAAACUGUAAGAGAAUGUAUUCCUAGAAAUGAAAAGACACGUUUAACUUAUUCUGGGAAUGUCGUUGAAGUAGCGAACAAAUUUAAUGAAUACUUUUCUUCAGUCGGAGCAAAAGCGGCAGAAGAAUCCAAAGCGUUGAUUACUUCAUAUGGUCUUACAUCGACUCAUCCAGAGAUACCACAUAAAUUUAGUGCAGAAAUUGACAAGUUUCAUUUUCACCCUGUGUCCUGUGACGUGAUUCGUAAAAUUGUGUGUUCUUUUCCAUCCAAUAAGUCCCCUGGACCAGAUAAAGUUUCUGUGAAAGUGAUCAAAGAUGCCUUACCAUACAUUCUUCAACCUCUUACGGAUAUUGUUAACUGCUCUUUAAGAGAAUCUUUGUUUCCCAGCGCCUGGAAGUUGUCAGAAGUUAUUCCCCUAUUAAAAGAAGGGGAUCACGAAAUUGCUAAAAAUAAUCGGCCAAUUUCCUUGCUACUUGCUGCAUCAAAGAUCUGCGAGCGUGUAGUUUUGGAACAAUUUACCGCAUAUGUGGAACAGAAGAAAUGCUUAAGCGUACACCAAAGUGGAAACAGGAAGCUGCACUCCACUGAAACAUUGAAUUUAUUUAUAUCGGAUAAGAUCUUAAAGUCUAUGGACGACAAGGAGGUCGUAGCUGUAAUUCUACUUGACCUUUCUAAAGCAUUUGACAGUAUCGAUCAUGUAUUGCUUCUAAAAAAGCUCCAAGUAUUGGGAGUGUCCGAUGACGCUUUAUGUUGGUUUAAAAGUUACUUGACAGGACGACAGCAGGUUGUGCGCAUUGGAUCGACUGUCUCUGAAGCACGCACACUCAAUCAUGGCGUUCCGCAGGGCUCAAUUCUCGGUCCCAUGUUAUUCAACAUAUAUAUUAAUGAUUUACCUAUGGUACCAAAGAAUGGUAAUUUGAAGUAUUACGUCGACGACUCGAAGCUACUUUUGUCAUUUUCCGUCAAUGAAGUGAACUCAGCGGCUGCUAAGCUUAACGAAGAUCUACGGAGAGUCGUUUCUUGGUGUUCUCUAAAUAGUCUGCUUAUUAAUCCCAAUAAGACGAAAUUACUUGUGUUCGCAACUCGUUAUAUGUUGAAACAGAUACCGGCAGAUUUCCAUAUUUUACUAUUGGGGAAAAAACAGUUUCCUGUGACCUCAGCCACUGAUCUAGGCGUGACACUGGAUAGUGGUUUGACGUACGAUGAACACUUCACAAAACUGGUUUCCUCUUGUGUCGGUAGCCUGUGUCAAAUUAAUAGAGCAAGGCACCUUUUUGAUAUGAAGACGUUAAUUCUUUUAAUAAACGCGUUGGUUUUUAGUAAACUCUAUUACUGUUCAACCAUAUGGUCUAAUUCAUCGAAGAAAAACAUUGCAAAAUUGCAAAAAGUUCAGAAUUUCGCAGCACGUAUUGUCACGGGCACAAAAAAAUUCGACCAUAUCACUCCAUCUUUAAAACAGCUUAACUGGUUACCAGUCAAUUAUAUGUUGCGAUUCCGAGAUACAGUAAUGGCUUAUAAAUGUGUUAAUGGUAUGGCCCCAUCAUAUUUAUGUCGUAUGUUCCAAACAAGAUCACAAUUACACAAUUUGAACACAAGAUCUAGCGAAUUAUUGGAAAUACCUUUAUAUAGAACAGCGACCGGACAACGUUCUUUUCGCUACCGAGCUUCUUGUUUAUGGAACAGUUUGCCAGAAUGGCUAAAAGACCAUAAUCUUAAUUUGGAACGUUUUAAAAGCGGGCUACGAAGUUAUUUGGUUCAACAAUUUCUCGAUGAACAGAACUGA